UGAAUAAUCGUAAGACACAUCGGAAUGUAUGACCCGCCCACAGCAGGCUCUCACAACAUGACGUCUGGUGUAAAUAACAACAAAAGGAACGUGUGCAAAAAAUGAACCAUACAUCAGUUAAACAGUACCAGAUGCCCUCGGUAGAGAGAAAGUGAUACCCAGUCCCAAGACGCUCACAGACAGACAAACGGCAGGAUGUCCAACUUAGAGUACCAGCCGGCGGAGACCCUAACCGUACAGCUCUACCGCCCCGACCCUAGUGUCUCCUGGGGAUUUCGACUCCAGGGCGGGGUAGACUUUAGCACCCCCCUCUCCAUACAAUCGGUGAACCCAGGGAGUGUGGCCGAGCGCAGUGGAUUAUUUGCAGGGGAUGGAAUCCUUUGCAUUAACGAUACCAAUGCUGAUGAUCUCUCACACGAACAGGCCAAAAUGUGUAUCAUCCGGGCAGGGAAUACCAUCACCAUGACAGUUCAAAGAGGUGCAGUCAAAAUUUGGAAACCCAAAGUGACUCCUAUGUCGGACCUUCGACCUGCCCAGAUGAACACCAUCAAAACAGCCACAGGAGAUGAGGUGCAAACUGUCCAGAAAACAUCACUGACUCGUGAAAAUCAACCAGAACCUUUGAACAUUGGUAGCAGCUACAAUAGAUCAGGCAAGCCUUUUGCAGCACAGCGCCAGGUCCAGUCUCCAAAGCAGGCUGUGCCCAAUGUUGUCCAUGCCCAAUUUAACUCGCCCAUUGGUCUGUACUCAGCCAAUAAUAUUGCUGACACAUACGCAGCCCAGACGGCAGGAAUUCAACAACAAAUGCAAGAUUUAGAUGUAACUCAGAGUCCUGUUGGGGCCAAGAUGAGUGGCACCUAUCAACCUCUGGAAGGUGAAGAGACAACUGAUGAUGCUGUGCCUGUUGUGAACUCUGAUGAUGCUGAUGUGACCCCUGUGACCUCUGAUAAUCAACUGUCAUGUGACUCCCAAAAUUCAUCUUCUAACCAACCAGAAUCAACCUCACAAAUUGAUACUAAUUCGCAUGAUGCAAAUGAAUCUAAGCUCAACAAACCCUCAGGGUUCCGGUCAGUGAGGGCUCCUGAUGCUGUGGAUCCAUCCCAGUCCAAACCUGCCCAGGAAAAUAUGCAUUGUGGGGACUGCAACAUGCUUGUCACGGGAGUUUUUGUGAGGGUGAAAGGUGUACCAUAUCACCCACAAUGUUUUAAAUGUACUUCCUGUGGGGUAAACUUGAAGCAAAAAGGCUACUUUGUCGUUGAUGGACGAUUAUACUGUGAAGUACAUGCCAAACAAAUUGCCCAGCCCCCUGGUCCAAACAUGAAGGCUGUUCCUGUGUACCGCUGAAAGAAAUUAGUCCCCCAUGAGUUAACUAUGAUACUGUGUUAGUACCUUCAGUUGAUGAUGAUUGUAUUAUCACACUAACUCAACAUCAGUGUGUUAAUUUAUUAUACAAUAAGGUGGGAUCUAGUUCCAUAUGUAUGAUUUAUAUUUAUGCAUGAUUUUUUAUUGACUUCAACAGAAAUCCAGAGAAUUAUCUGCUCAAAUGUACCUGAACUUUACCAUUAUGGACGAUAUUGGAUAGAAUUCAUGCAUAUGAAACUUUAUCCCUGUAGAGUGUGUGUUGAACCUUGAAUGAAAAUGUAUUUGUGUGUCAUUAUUAUCCCAAUAUAUUUAUACACUAGUGUAUGCCCCUGAGAUUCAGGAUAAACUGAAUAUUUUACAUCUCCCACGGGUUUAUAGUCAAUAGAUCUAAGUCAUUGUUUGUGUUUAUCGGGAGUUUUUUCCUACUGGUCAUGUAAAAUGCACAGCCAUCUUCAUUUUCUUUGACAUUUUAGAACUCUUUUCAACAAUUGUGCAAUCCCUUGAUUCAAUUAAACAAGUUGAAUUAACUAACCAUUCAAUGACUGCUGAAAAUACAAAACAUGUACAUUAAAAUCCCCAAUAUACUAUUGCUUAUUUAUUGUAUAUCCUCAAUGAUUAUGCUAUAUAGUCUUCCAGAAUUUACUUGUAUAUUUACAAAAGCUGCACUCUAUUGUUUGUUUUUUUACCUACAUAUUUUGUGUGUUCUAGUUUAUUAUUUAUAGCAUGAAUUAUACAUACCUUCUAUAGUUUACAUUUACAUGUAGUUGCUGUAGGGUGAGAUAGGAGUCUGCCAGUCUCUUACCAUUGUGUACACUCACUGUUAAAAAGAGCACCUGUUUCUGAAUUACUUCCCCUGAUAAAAAGAUCGUUCUUAGGCCCCUGUUCUAAAAGAGUUGAUUUGGUUGUACUAUUUUUUCAUUAUAAUAACUUUUAGUUCCAUCUAUGAAUCUUGCAUUUGGCUCCCUUGGUUGGAGUAAGACUAUAGCUAAAAUAUGACUAUAGAAAAUGUCUUUUAAGGGGUGGGUUUGGGAAUGGGCAUGCAGAGUUUUGGGCUCAUUAUAUAUUUGGUCAGAUCUAGAUGCAAUAUUUAUUUGAUAGAAAGUGGAAGAUAGGGCAUUACAGUUUCCUUCCACAUUUCUAUAUGACACAAACUUGGUCUUUUAAACUCCAAAUUUGACUCGUCUCAUUCAAUUGGUUGCAUCCUUUAAUGUUGAUAACAGGGUUUUUUAUGAUAUUAUUGUCCUUAAAACUGUUGUGAAUUGUGAUACAUUGUGUUGAGCAUAAUAAGAUUACAAUGAACCUUUAUAUGUGUACUGUGUGGUCAGUUGUUAUUUAAUUAAAAAGUUUAUCACCGCUUUAUUAUUGCAGUUUUUCUGUUAAACAUGUUUAUAAUGAGAUAUGCUUUUAUAUAUUACAGAUGCUUUGAAAUCUGUUCAAUAGAAUAUUUUCAAAAAAAAAAAUUGUUGCUUGUUAUUUAGUACAUAGUAUCAACCCCCCCCC